AUGUGGAGGGCAGCCCUAACUGAAUCAGUAGCAACAGCUUGCCUUAUGUUCAGCCUGACAUGUUCCAUAAUCUCCUGCCUUGACUCCCACCAGGCUGAUCCCAAGCUUCUAGUCCCAUUUGCGGUCUUCAUAAUAGCAUUUCUUUUCCUAAUAGUAACCGUUCCUCUUACCGGCGGUCACAUGAGCCCAGUCUUCACCUUCAUCUCGGCCCUCAAGGGAGUCAUCACUCUCUCCCGGGCCUCCAUCUACGUCCUCGCCCAAUGUGUUGGCUCACUAAUGGGCUUCCUCGUUAUCAAGGCCGCCAUGAACAAGCCCGCAGCGGAAAAGUACUUUUUGGGCGGCUGCGGCAUAAUGGGCCACGGUGGAGCCAAUAGGCUGGAGCCCAACACAGCUUUAGUGUUGGAAUUCGCAUGCACGUUUGUGGUCUUGUUUGUUGGGGUGACCGUGGCGUUGGACGAGAGAAGGUGCAAGGAGCUUGGGCUUGUAAUGGUCUGUGUUGUGGUGGCUGGCUCCAUGGGCCUCGCAGUUUUUGUGUCCAUUACUGUGACUGGACGGGCCGGAUAUGCUGGGGUGGGCCUGAACCCUGCAAGGUGCUUGGGCCCUGCGCUGCUGAUUGGGGGUGAGUUGUGGUAUGGGCAUUGGGUUUUUUGGGUUGGGCCCUUUUUAGCUUGCUCCUUGUACUAUGGGAUUUCUAUGAAUCUGCCUAGGGUGGGGGUGGGUUUGGUGGAUGGUGGAGAGUAUGAAUAUGACAUUGUGAAGUUGAGUGGGGCAUGUUUUGGUGGAAGUGAGCGUUUUCCCAGUCUUCAGAGGCGAACUUGA